AUGUCCUCAUCCAGCCGUCCAGUUCAUGUACUGGCGUGCGCAACGGAGUACCGCCAGGAGACUGCGAUCCUGCAACGGAGUGCGGCCCGCAACGGCUGCUCGAUGGCAUUUUGCGAAGUCUCGAUUGAACGAACACACAUUCCAGCAAACGUGCGUGCACGCAUACACGCACACACGCACACGCACGACACAAGAGACUAUGGUCGGUGCAUAGCCAAGCUGGAUCCUCGUGAGAGUCAUACUCGUGACAGGCGAGAGAGAGCUUUGGCGACGCAGAUUAGUGAGGGAACAGUGACCCGCAAAGUUCAAAGCCGGGCUGUUGUGAGACCUGGUAAUGGCAUAGAGGGCUGUAGAAGUUUAGGAACAGAAAAGCCGAGUCCUCGCGAGAGACGAGAGAACUUUAGCGACGGAGUCAGUCCAGAUCCUUGCAUGUUCGGAAUUUAG